UUGUGAUAGGGAUGACAGUGAAAACAUGACUUUGAGCAUCAGUAAACAACACAAACUGGAUCUCUUCCCAUACCAUCUCACCUCACACUCCUCAUCAAGCCCUACAGAGCUGCCCCGUGUAUCUCCUCGUCUCCUUCCCUCAGACCUCAUCUCUCUGUUAGCUACCAGACCCAGAGGACGUGUAGACCAGCAGCCCAAUGGAGCAGACAGUGGUGCUGAUCACAGGAUGCUCCUCGGGGAUAGGCCUCAGUCUGGCCGUCCGGCUGGCCUCGGAUCCAGCGAAAAUAUACAAAGUCUAUGCCACCAUGAGGAAUCUUGCCAAGAAGGAGCGUUUGCUGGACUGUGUGAAGGACCUGCACAAGGACACCCUGGACAUCCUCCAGAUGGACAUCACUGACCAGCGGUCCAUUCUGGAUGCCAGGGACAGGGUCAGGGAGAAGAGGGUGAACAUUCUGGUGUGUAAUGCUGGUGUGGGAUUGAUGGGGCCGCUGGAGGCCCAGUCUCUGGCCACCAUGAGGCAGAUCCUGGAGGUCAACCUCCUGGGCACCAUCAGUACCAUCCAGGCCUUCCUACCAGGGAUGAAGGCCCAGGGCCAUGGACGCAUCCUGGUCACUGGCAGCAUUGGUGGGCUACAGGGACUCCCCUUUAAUGAGGUGUACUGUGCCAGUAAGUUUGCAGUAGAGGGCGCCUGUGAGAGUCUGGCCAUUCUCCUGCAGCACUUCAACAUCCAUGUGAGUCUUAUUGAGUGCGGCCCUGUCAACACCGAUUUCCUGGACAACCUGCAGAGGGCAGAGCCAGGGGACUCUUCGCUGCAGCAGGUCGACGCCCACACACGCAGCCUCUAUGACACGUACCUGCAACACUGUGGGAUGGUGUUCCAGAACGCAGCUCAGGACACAGAGGAUAUUGUGAAGGUAUUUCUGGAUGCCAUCCAGUCAUCAAACCCUGCAUUCAGAUACUACACCAACAAUGCUCUCAUUCCACUCAGCAGCCCGAAGAUCUCAGCACUGGACGGGUCCCAGUACAUCAGAAAUAUGAGCAAGAUCAUCUUCUCAACUAAUGGGAAAGGGGAAGAAAAAUAGCCAUCAAACUAUGGAAUGUAAUAUAACCCUUUACUUUAUACAUACAGUACCAGUCAACAUUUUUAGAACGCCUACUCAUUCCAGGGUUUUUCUUAUUGUAUUACUAUAGUGAAGACAUCACAACUGUGAAAUAACACAUAUGGAAUCAUGUAGUAACCAAA